AUGACUAGAACCAACGAACAAAUAGCCCGUGCCAUAGAGAUGAUGGCUAUGGCUAUGCAGCAACCAAAGGCAGCUGACCGCUGGAUAUGUGAGUUGGAGAAGAUUUUUGCCGUUCUGGGAUGUUCUCCAGAGAAGAGGUUGGCAUAUGCUGUGUAUAUGCUUGUGGGAGAGGCCGAACAUUGGUGGAGGGGCACUUAUCAGAUGCUUGUGGCGAGAGGAGUUACAGUUGACUGGGAGUGCUUUAGGACAGUGUUCAUGGAAAAGUAUUUCCUGGAGAGCGUGAGGCACGCCAAGGAGGCGGAGUUCAUGUGGUUACACCAGGGAGGGCUAUCUGUAUCAGAGUAUGCGAUGAGAUUCGAGCAUUUGGCUCGUUUUUAUUCACAGGCUAUUUCUGAGGCCUGGAAGUGCAGAAAGUUUGCUGAGGGUCUGAAGUAUGAGUUAAAGAAGGUGGUGGUGCCUAUGGCCAUCACCGAGUUUCCUGCAUUAGUAGAGAAGGCGAAGAUUGUGGAGAGGUUGGAAGGGGGUAACCGUGUGAUCAGAGCUACUAAGGGACCAGCUGGGUCCAAGAGGGGAGGUGGAAGUCAGAGGAAGCCGUAUGAUAGGCCCCAACCACAACAAGGGGGUCCUGUCAUCAGGCAGCCUGCUGAGACUACCAGAGGAGGAGGACAGGGUGGAGGUGUUGUCCUUAGGUGUUAUAGGAGUAGACUAGAGAGGAGUACUCAGAGGAGUGAUGCACAGAGAGCUGAUACUCAGAGGAGUAGUGUGCAGAGGGUUGAGACUCAGAGGGGUGACAGACCCACUACAGCUGGUAGGGUAUUUGCUUUGACAGGUACUGAGGCUUCAACUUCUUCUGACCUAGUGAAGGGGAAGGGCAAGGCUGCUGGUAAGGAUGUGAUGCUUUUGUUUGACUCUAGGGCUUCCCAUUCAUUUAUUUUCUAUGCUUGUGUUGCUAUGCUGGGUGUGCCUGUGUGUGACUUGGGGUUGAGACUGUUAGAGUCAACACCCGCUUCUGCUUCAGUAGUUGCUUCUGAGCUGUGUGCUAACUGCCCUAUUGUUGUGAAUGGGAAGAAGCAGUUGAUCUUUCCACAGGAAGAUGAUGAGUUGUUGAUUUCAGCUGGUCAAGCCAAAUCAAUGCUGAUGGAUGGAGCGGAGUGCUGCCUUCUGCUUGCUAUGAUGAGUGUGGAGACUGAGAGGGUCAUUUCUGAGAUAGAUGUGGUGAGAGCCUUUGCUGAGGUGUUUCCUGAUGAGUUGCCUGGGAUGGCUCCUACCGAGCUGGUUGAGUUGAAAGGUCAGCUGGAAGACCUAUUGGAGAAGCAGUUGGUGCGGCAGAGUUUCGCUGUGGGGUGCUCCAUCCAGACUUUGAUCAUAGUUUUCGAAAGUAUGAGGUUUGCUGCUGAUCUCGCGCUGAGCGCAGUUCUUCGCGCCGGGCGCGUGGCCACCUGA